GAAGAAACGCACUUCCGCCUUGGAGAACACAGCACAGGAAGGCGAGAGGCGGACACCAUUAGAAGGGAUCCUCGCUGAGCGGAUCAUGGGCGGCUCCUGGAAGUGAAGGAAGGGGGAAAAAGACAGCAAGGUUUCUGUUCGUGAAUCCCGAUUUGGUCUUCUGACUUGAGCAGGAUCCAGGUUUCCCAGACCACAUCAAUUUGGUGAAAAUGGAGCGUUCAUCACAGCGUGGCAAAGGAUUUCUUAACAUUGUUGUGAUAAAAGUUGAGGAAGAUGAGGAUCCCGUGGACGAAAGUGCAGACAGUAAUGAUGCCCAUACAGAUUUUCCUGAGGAGCCCACAUUGCUAGACGAAGAAGAGGAACCACACAAUUCUGAUGAAGAGGAAUCAGAGAACUUUCCAAAGACUAGCCAAGGAUUUCAAGGUAUUGUAGUUGAAGAAGAUGAAGACUUGGAAGAUAGUGCAGCUGUUACCGGUGUCUGUACAGGAUUUUCUGACAUAGUAGAAGACAAAGAGUUGUGCAACCGGGAAUCCAAAAAAGGUUCAAGUGUUGCUCGGAACCGUUCAGAUAAAUGGAAGAAUAGCACAUUAUACAAAUACUUGGAGAGCGGAAGCUAUACAGCUGACAGUCCACCCCAUCUGAGGCACCCAAUAGACCUCAUAGCAGAGGAAGAAGAUAGUUUCCAGAAGCCUGACUUUACUCAGAGCUCACGCUUUAUGAGACCUCCAGCAGUCCCCACAAGUGAGAAAUUUCAUGGCUUCCAGGAGCGGGAGAAGUAUUUUGCUGAGACAUCGGCUCUUCUGAUGCAAGACGCAGGAGAGAAGUCGUAUCAAUGCCAGGAGUGUGCUAAAAGUUUCACUUGCAUUCCAGACCUUGUCAACCACUGGAAAGUCCACAUAGGGGAGAAUGCAUGCAAAUGCCAGGAGUGGGGAGGGUGUUUUUCUGAGGCUGAACAUCUUGGGAACCACCAAGAAAUGCACCCAGGAGGAAAACCGGGUGAAUGCCUAGAUUGGGGGAAAUGCUUCUCUUACAGUGCAUACCUUGAGAGGCACCAGAAACCCGAAGACGUGUUGAAACCUUAUAAAUGCCAGGAUUGUGGGAAGGGCUUUGCAUCCACUGCAUAUCUUCGGCGGCACAUGAGGGUCCACUCAGGGGUGAAGCCAUACAAAUGCCAAGAGUGUGGCAAGUCUUUCUCUUUCAGUUCCCACCUGGUGAUCCAUAAGCGAGUCCACACAGGAGAGAAACCGUACAAAUGCAAGGAGUGCGGGAAAUCAUUUGCCUCGAGCCCACAACUUGCCAACCACCAAAGGAUCCACACCGGGGAGAAGCCCUAUAAAUGCCAGGAAUGUGGGAAAUGCUUUACCCAGAGCUCCCAUCUCAUGGGUCACUUGAGCAUUCACACAGGGGAGAAGCCGUAUGAAUGCCAAGAAUGCAGAAAGUGCUUUGCUCGCAGCUCAGACCUCGUCUACCACUGGAGAGUCCACACAGGAGAGAAGCCGUUUAAAUGCGAGGUGUGCGGGAAAUACUUUGCUCGGAAUGGACAUCUUAAGAUCCACCUCAGAAUCCACACGGGAGAGAAGCCGUAUGAAUGUCUGGAGUGUGGAAAAGCAUUUGCUCGCAAUUCGGAGCUGGUGAGCCACAAGAAAGUCCACACUGCUCUGAAUAUGAACUUUAUUGACCAAUUAUGUUUACCAAACCAAUAACCUGUCUUUGAAAGGAAGCACAGAAUGUGAGGAAUGUAUCUUUACCACAUUAUGUAAUUUCAGAGUCUUCAUCCGCUGUCUUAUGGGCAGUGAAGCCGAGGAGGGCGCUAUAGUUCGAAAUUAGUUUUUAUCCUCCCCACAUCUUGUUGGAGAGUCCGCAGAGAAAACGAUGUGUAGAAAUCUCUGUAAAGAAGAAGAAAGACGCCAUGCAUCCUUUUGUGUCAACAGAUGCACCCAGAUUGUGGACUUUUUUUUUAUUCCACUGUUUGUAGAAAUUUUGGAAGAAAACAAUUACAUUUGUCUGUUGUAGCAUAAAUGGAAAAAGGGGAGCAGAAUGGAGGAAGACAUCUAGUAGUAACUUGAUGACUGAGUGCUUUAAAUUUUAGCAUAGCUAUCAGUCCCAUGUCCUCAUAAAGUGCUGUUGCAUCUGAGGAAGCAGAUUGAUAGCCUCACUUGGUUGUUGCACCCGAGGAAGUGCAUAGAUGCCCAUCAAUGCUAAUUGUAAAAUACAAAUCAUUUAGUUUUGAAGGUGCUGCUAGAUUGCUUUUAUCCCCAGGAGAAGAUCAUCUUUAAAUAAUCAUGUUGAGAAUCUGUAAAACUAGACUCCCAUAACAAGAGGGAUUUGGAUAACCCUCUAUCCUGCUUCCAGGAUGGUCCAGAGUGAGAUACUGACAAGCAGAGCAAGGGGGGGAAACUCCCAAACUCUUCCCAAUUCUUUUCUAUUCUGGCAGUCUUGUGCUUUCGGGGCAAACCUUGCCCCGUUUCAUGUCCCAGCUUUUGUCGGGGGACCCCAAUACGUUUUUGAAAUCCUCCUGAAAUUGGGAGGGCUUUUUCGGAUCAGGGUCCCAAAAUUCGGACCACUAUUGAGGUGGGGGAGGCUUCCUAUACACUAGCACCCCUUCCCGGCGUUCUUCUUACCUGGUACCUGCUGUUGCUCCUCAGGAGAAAGGUGCUCAGCUACAGACAGGCCUGGAGCACACCUGUAAGCUCCGCCAGCUGCCCCACAGGCUCUGCCACACUCUUGGAGUGAGUGUGUGUGUGUUUGUGUGGGGUGGAGCCUGCAGACAGGCCUGAAGUGUGCCUACAGGCCCUGCCACACUCUCAGAGAGUGUGUGUAUGGCGGGGUCAGCAGACAAGCCUGGUGUGCACCUACAGACCUUGCUACACACUUGAAGAGUGUGUGUGUGUGUAGCGGGGUCUGUAGGCAGUACUGGAGUGUGCCUGCAGCCUAGCUCCAGACCUGUCCAAAUGCAGCUCAACAUGAAAGCAGGCUUUCAUGUUGAGCAGAUUUCCAUGUGUGGAAGGGGCUUCCUGUUUCGUGCUUCCGAAGACACGAAUGAAACGGUAGGAACGAAUUUUGCGCACAUGACUAAUUCUGCGGUUCUGAUGGUAGCGUUUACCUGUUCUUAAUUUCUGAAUCUGUUCGUUGUGUCUCCUAUUUUUGAGCAGGAGAACAUCACCUUUGAUGGUUAAAUGGUUAAGGAUCAAUAAUUCAAGCUGAAGCCGCUGUGGAAAAGAACGGCUGGCUUUUGGCGAUUGAUUGUGGUGUUUUGUAAUAGUUUUCAAUGAAGUAGUCUCCUUAUUCUCUUGGAGCAUAGAAAGAAAAAAGGGAGGGGUAGGAACUGGGAGGGAAAGAAAUCUAGUGGUGUUUUGAAGACCAAUUUAUAUUUUAGCAUGAGCUUUCCUGGGUUAAUCAAUCAAUUUCUCUUCAGAUGCAAUGGUGGAAUGGUUUUUAAAGCCUGGGCAUAUUUAGAUUGAAAGGUGCACAUUGUGACCAUUGCCCUAAAUUGUCAAAGGGCUGUGUGAGGUGAUACAAAUUUUUCAAUUUUUUACAUUGUUCGUUUAGUGUUAGUAUGUGAAAUCAACAAAUCCGCUUGCCCACAGUCAGUUUCCUUUGGGUCAAAAGCUUUACUGAGAAGAUUCCUUUUGUCGUCUGUGCAGUAGCAAGGACUUGUAUUAAUAUAUAUGUAGUGUGCCAUGAAGCCAUUAUCUUUGUUCAUUCUUCUGGUAAUGAGAUUACUGAAUAUAAAUUCAAUUUGGUUGUUUCGCUUUCUAGUUUUCCUUUGUAAUUUCUUUGUUCAACAACUUUGUAUGUGCAAAAAGGCCUGUUCAGCAAUAAGUGGAAGGAAACUGGGCUUUCUUGCAAAACUUUGUUAUAGUCGAAUUUUGAAUCUAUUUCUCCUUCAAAGCUUCAAUGUUUUUAAUGUAUCACACAUUUAUAGGGUCAAUCAAUAAAUCUUUCAGUUAUCUGGAAAA